ACCGACGGUCCAUGUAUCUCCUACCCGGGGACUCAAAUUACUCUAAAGCCCCAGAGCUAUGGCAAUCUUUCCCCCUCCUCGACCUGGUUUCCUUCGGUCAGGCCUACUGCUUCUUUCGAUCCAGCAGCUUCGAUAUCUUCUCGACAGCUCUCAUACCAUACGAACUUUCCAUCAUAUCGCUCUUUGACUUUUCUUGUUUCUUGACCAGGUCCUCCUUAACUUCUUUUUAAUAGAAAUCUUUUUGAAUCACCUACCUACAAGAUGAAGUUCACUUCCGUCGUCGCUGCCUUUGGCGCUGUCAACGUCGCUUUGGCUGCUCCAGCUGGUUUGGCUGGUCUUCGUGACCUAGUUCCUGGCCUGCCAGCUGGCCUUCCUGCUGGCCUUCCUAACGGCCUUCCUGCUGGUCUUCCUAGUGGCCUUCCUACCGGCCUUCCUACUCCUCCCUCCGGAGCUCUGCCAUUCCCAACCGGAGCGAUUCCCUCUGGCAUUCCCACGCCGAGUGGUCUCCCCUCUGACCUCCCUGGUGAGUCUGAGGGCAACGCCAUCGUCCGCCGCGGCCUCUUUCCGAAACCGCCCAAGGGACCUUUCCCUGAGCACCACCACCACCGCCCUCAGCCUACCGGUACUGUCCCUCUGCCAACGGGCGGUUUCCCUACUCCCACGGGUGGUCUUCCUUUCCUUAAGGAUGACGUGCCCGUUACCAACUUCAGUGCUUAAACUGCUACCGCGUUGAUGUUCGCCUGGUCGCCAAUUCUCCACGCCUU